AUGUCCCGUCUCCUCCUCCGACCCCGCCUCACAGCAUCCGCCCUAGGCCUCACAACAUAUAGUUCCUACACACUGCUCCAAUCGCAUCGUUUUCCUGCUCGAUUAGAUUCUUCCUCUACACCGAUUGUGAAGAGAGGCGGGGGUUUGGAUCCUAAGGCUGUGAGGCAGAUUAGUAGUGGGAGUAUUAUUGGAUUAGGAGCCGGACUGGCAUGGGCCUCCACCCACGGCCUCAACCUCAUCCCCACAGAUCGUAUCCAACGCUACAUCAAACACGUUGAUUUACGUUCUGCCAUCCAAGAAAAUGUUGCUUUUAAAGUUUCUUUCGGGACGACUUUCGCCAUGGCGGCUUUUAUGCGUUUUUAG